AUGGCGAGCGUCUUCGUGCGCAACCUGCCGUUUGGCGUGACGCAGGAAGAACUGGAGCACGUGUUCAGCGACGUUGGGCCCGUGAAGAAGAUCGACAUCAUCAAGGACAAGGGCAAGCGGCGAGACGAGAUACUGACGCGCGGAUUCGCCUUUGUCAAGUUUGCAGUUGAGAGCGAUGCGGCGGUGGCGGUUCAGACGCUGAACAAGACGGACUUCCAGGGUCGCAAGAUGCUCAUUGACUAUGCGAUGGAGAAGGGCAAGCGCAAAGGACUGGGUGGGCCGGUCAAGUCGGUAGGAGCUGGGGAACCCAAGCAGGAGAAGGAAAAGAAGGAAAAGCUACAGAUACAGGAAGACACGCAUAUGAAGGAAACGGAAGUAGCGAAAGACAAGACCGAUGAGGACCGCGAGGCGGCGAGCAAAGAACGUCGCAUAGCCAAGAGUGCCAAGAAGGCAAAGAUCAAAGUGGGCGCGACGUCUGCUGCGGUUGAACUGGUUGAGGCGACAGAGCCAGCCAAGAUCACGCAGACAGCAAACGUCGAGGUCAAACCUGCCCCAAAAGAUAGUGCGGUGGCUGAUCCGAGUACGCAGACGACGACGACGCGCGCGCAGAGCGAGCGUAAUGCUCGCCGUCGACAGUAUCGUGAGUCACUGCGUGACGCUGAGCGCCGUCGAGAGGAGCAGGCAAGCGUGGAAGAGAAGUCUGUGAUCAUUUUUGGCUUGGGUGCGAACGUGACGCAGAAGCAUGUGCACAAGAAGGCAAAGAAAGUCGGCGCGGUGGAAAAAGUCGAGCUGAAAGAGGAAGCUCGCACCGGUAAAGUGUACGCUUUCGUCCAGUUCAAAUCCACAAAAGAUGCGGCGCUGGCUGUGGCCAAGCUGGACCACCACAUAUUCAAGGGCUCGAUGCUGCAAGUGAAGAGCGCAGCAAAGGCCGUUGUAGCGGACGAUAAAGAAGCAGCAGGAAAAUCUGGUCGCAUGAAGCGUGCUGCUGAGGCAGAAGGGCUGCGUCUGAUCGUGCGUAAUUUGGCUUUCCAGACCACGGACGAGGAUCUGGAGAAGCUUUUCGUAGUGCAUGGCCCGCUGUUUGAGGUUCGCGUUGUGCGCAUGCCAGUGGGAGAAGACGAAGCGAAGAGCGAAGAGACCGACAAGGAUGCUGCAAAAGCGGGACCCGCACUGGGACGAAGCCGCGGAUUUGGCUUUGUUCAGUACCGCGAUGUGGCCGAUGCGCGUGUAGCUGUCGAGAAGCUGAAUGGAGUCAAGGUCAAGGGUCGUGAGAUGAUUGUGGAUUUCGCAUUGUCCAAGACAAAGUAUCUUGAACAGCAAAAGAAGCAGGAGGAGGAAGAGGCACUUGCUGGUGCUGCAGCAGUGGAGGAUGAUGAGCAGGAGACAGAAGUGAAUAGCGGUGACGAAGAUGACGAUCAGCUCGAAAUGGACGUUGGCGAUGAGGUGGGCGAUGAUUCGGACGGUCUGAACGACGACGACGACGAAGAAGAAGAAGAGCACGCGAAAGGUGCUGCUCUGGCUUCGAAGGAGGAUACGGAAGCGCAGCGUGAACGGACGCUUUUCAUCCGUAAUCUGUCGUUCCAGACGACGGAGGAUGGGCUACGCGACUUUUUCCAAGCGUUUGGUGCGGUUGAGUAUGCUCGCAUCGUGUACGAAAAAGGCUCCAAUCUGUCCAAAGGAGUCGCAUUUGUGCGCUUCAAGUCAGCCGAUGUGGCGGCGACAGUGUUGAAGCGCGGUGAACAGCCACAAAUUGACAGCAGACAGAAGCCGAAAAAGGACAGAAAAAAGGACAAUGUCUUCACGCUGUCUGCACUAGCGGACGGUGGCGCUGAUGCGUUGACGCUCGACAGCCGUCAGCUCAUCCUGUCGCGCGCAGUGUCAAAGAGCGACGCGGAGCGCAUCACUGAUGUCAAUGCUCGUGAGCGUCGUCGUCUGGACAAGCGGAAUCUGUACCUGGCGUACGAAGGCACAAUUAACGUGAACAAGAUGGCGGAUGCGGAGCUCGAGUUACCGAAAAUGGACAUUGAUAAGCGCCGACGCGCGAUCCGUGAGAAGAAGCUGAAGCUGCAGAACCCGAUGUACUUUGUGUCCCCCGUGCGUCUCUCUGUGCGUAAUUUGUCCACCACGCUGGACGAUCGCGCACUGAAGAAGCUCUUCCACGAUGCAGCCAGUGCCGGCAUGCGCGCUGGGAACGUGAACCGUCUCGAGAUCAAACCGGAGCUGCUUUCGAAGGAGGGAGACGCUCCAGUAAAAGUGCGCAUGGCCAAGGUGGUGCGUGACAUGGAAUCAGUGAAGGCUGGGAAGGAGCCGCGGUCGCGCGGGUACGGGUUUGUGGAGUUCUCCGAGCACUCGCACGCACUAAGUGCUCUGCGUAUUCUGAACAACAAUCCCAAGUACACGUCGUACGCAGCUGGUCGCGCUGCAGCUUCCGGUGCGCCUGCUAGCUCGAUCUCCCGCCUUAUUGUGGAAUUCGCGCUCGAGAAUCACGGCAAGCUGAAGCUGCGUGAGAAACGUGCUGCCGACGCUGCCAAGAAGCGUGAGGAAGAGCGUGCGCUGAAGAAAGCACAGGGUGAGGACGGCAAAGACGCUGAGAAGGUAAAGAAAAGUCGCGGUCAGCGUCAGCGCGAGAGCAAGAAACUGCGUGCCGAGGACAAGGCUGCAGUGAACGCCGAGGCCGAGGGUGGACAGACGAAGCCGAAGCGAGCAAGAGAGGAAGUGAAAAAAGUGAAGCAGCAGCCACCGGCGCCGCCGAAAAAGCGGAAACGUGCUGAAGCUCCGCGUGGUGACGCCGAGGAUGAUGCACUGGCUUCCCUGGAGUCAGCUCACGUGAUGAAGCAGAGCCAGUCGUUGUCACGCAGUCAGCGCAAGAAGACGAAGGAGAGCACGAAGGAGAAGUCUUUCGAGGAACUGGUACAGAGCUACAAGAAGGAGAUUUUUGGUGAGAAGCCGACGGCAGGAGGAGGUGGAGCGAAAGCUCUUGUGGACGAACAUAGCAUCAAGAGUGCCAAUCGCUGGUUCGAUUGA